AAUGCCCUUGUUUUUUGUUGACUGUGUAUAUGUGGAAAGAGGUUCUUUGCAGGAAGGCACAUGUUAGACCCAAGCUAGGAGAGCUUGCUCAGCUGAAGUUACAUCCUGAGUUUUGCCUGAAGGUCCGAGAGGCUAAGAUCAACCUCAAACCAAGCAGGGUCCAAUCUAACUGCAACGCCAUCCUUGCUCGACCUGUGGCUGCCAUGAUCAUUGCCGUCGGGGAUAGCCGUUGGUGCAGGAGCCCUGACCAAGCUCGACUCCGCAGUAUCCCAUUGGAAGUCGACGAGCGCACGGAAGAAUUCCUCAUCGGAGGGAAGAUUGCACGGCUCUUGAGAAGGCUUGAAGCAGCUCUUGGUUAGAAAAUCUUUUUCUUGGGUGGUCCUGGCCAUUGGAAUCGGAAGGGUGAACAUGGCUCGUGAACUCAUCUUUGUAAGUGUCGCAGUGACUGAGGAAGAGGUUCCGGGUUCCUAUUUAAGCAGUGCUUGGAUGAAUCCUAACUCUAGUAAG